AUGCUGUCGCGCACUCGCCAAGCUCCUGCUGACGAGGCUGAGGAGGAUUCUGGCCUUCGUAGCCUAUCUUUCAAUCAGCCGUUGUCGUGGCGCGUGGGGCGCUCGGCUAUCCCCAUCGCCGAUCUACUUGAACGUCUCCAAACCCUCGCCCAAGAACUUCGCAAGCUCGAGCAGGAGGACGUUGAUAAAGAGUCUCUGCGAAAAGUGUCGCAGGAACUCGCUAGUGCUCAUCUGCUCGCGCACAAGGACAAGGGGGUGCGAGCCUGGGCCACUUGCUGUCUAGUCGAUGUCUUACGACUGUGCGCGCCGGACGCGCCUUUUACGAGGAACCAGCUCAAGGACGUUUUUACAUGUAUCGUCAGUUCGAUUAUCCCCGCAUUAGCCGAUCCUUCCAAUGCCUACAAUGCGCAACAUAUUUAUGUCUUGGGCUCGCUUGCCGAGGUCAAGAGUGUUGUUCUGAUGACUGAUUUGGACCAUCCCGAUUCUCUUAUCGUUCCUCUCUUCACUGCAUGCUUCGACAUCGUCUCGCAAACAUCGAAAGCGUCCACUGGCGAGGAAGUGGCCAAGAACGUGGAAUUCGACAUGACCCGACUCCUUGUGACCGUGAUAGACGAAACCCCCGUCUUGGCCGCCGAGGUAGUGGAUACUAUGUUGGCGCAAUUCCUGCGGGUAGACCCCCGGGGCCUUGACAACCCUCGCAAGGCUAAACGCGGCGAUGCACCUCUCGAUGCCAAGCAAGAUACGCUUUUGUUGAAAGACUACCCGUCUGCUUAUAACAUGGCCAAGGCAAUUUGUCAGGCUUGUCCAGAGCGAAUGACAAGCCAUAUCAGUCAGUACUUUAACAAUGUCAUCAUUGAUGCGUCGUCUGCCGGUCAAGCCAACGGGUCGAAAAAUGGGACCCGCAAACCGAACCUCGAUGAUUCAGAUGAGGAGGAAGAGGACAUCAAGGACUUGCGCAAAGCGCAUCUUCUGAUUCGAGAGCUUUGGCGAGCCUGUCCGGAAGUUUUGCAGAAUGUCAUUCCACAAGUUGAAGCUGAACUGUCUGCAGAGUCAGUUGCCCUCCGGUUACUGGCUACGCAGACAAUCGGUGACCUUGCGGCAGGCAUUGGUGUUGCCGGACCCCCUCCACCACCACCCAUGGAUCCUGCAUCUUACCCGCCGGUGACACUCGAAGAUUACGCGCAGACGAUUCCCCAGCCUAACGUACUUCUCACACCGGUAUCACCAAAGCCAUUUUCUCAGGUGCAUUCUUCGGCUUAUGAUGCCUUUUUGAGUCGGCGUAUUGACAAGACACCCAAGGUCCGCGCAGCAUGGGCGACAGUUGUGGGUCGUAUUUUGUUGACCUCUGCUGGCGGCUGCGGCCUGAAUGAAAGCGAGGAGCAAGGACUUGUCCAGAGUCUCGCCUCCAUGCUCCGCGAUGCUGACGAAAAGGUCCGUCUUGCUGCUGUGAAUACCGUCGGCCAGUUUGGCUAUACACAUGUCAUUCAUAAACUCGGCAUGAAGGGUGGUUGUUCGUCACCAGAUUCAGUGUUGGCUAUUCUCGCUGAGCGCGUCAAGGACCGAAAGCCGCAUGUGCGUGAGCAAGCCAUGAAAAUCUUAGCACGCAUCUGGGCCGUUGCUGCUGGAGACAUCGAGCAGAACACCGAACCUGUUGUGUCUCUCCUGAAAGAUGCACCGUCAAAGAUCUUCGAUGCUUUCUACACAAAUGACCAAGAAAUCCAUGUGUUGAUUGACCGUGUUCUGUUUGAGAUCCUCCUUCCAUUGAGCUACCCACCAGUCAAGUCAAAGCUUAGUCGAGGAGCCUCUAAUCAAUCACAGAAACAAAAAGACAGUCAGAGUUCCGAUACCGACCAGGAAGCUGACGUUGACAAGAUUCGUGUCCGUCGUAUCUUGACUCUACUUCGGGGGCUGGAUGAGAAGGCCAGACGUGUUUUCUUUGUCACUCUGGCCCGUCAAUUGUCGAUGAGAUCAGCUAUGACAAUGUAUCUGGAGGCAUGUGAGAAGUACAAUGGUGGCGUCGUCGAUAAAGAUGAAGCGCAAGCGAAGGCCCAGCUUUCAAGGGUCAUUGACUCGCUAUCCAAGACAUUCCCAGAUGUUCCGCGCGCAUCUGCGGACCUAUGGAAAUUUGCCAAGACUCAUGAUCGACGCAGCUACCAGCUUAUUCGCUUUGCCAUGGCUGCUGUCAGCGAUUAUCGAACUGUGACAAAAGCCAUCAAGGAACUUCAGCGGCGUGCGCAGAGUGCCAACAACGCGCCCUUGCUUGAUACCAUAACUCCUCUUUUGUACCGCAGUGGGUCUUUGAUCUUCAACCGCAGUCACAUUCCAGCGAUUAUGAGUCUCUCUCGAACUGACGAGAAUGGUCUGGCCCACGCCGCCCAGGAGAUGCUGAAGCAGAUCUCAUCUCAAAAUCCUGAGGUUCUGGAGGCGCAAGUUCAAGAGAUGUGUAAAGACUUGGCGGCACAAGCUCCCAAGUCUUCUUCUCCUAGCGAAUCUAGCUCUGAAGAGAUUCUUAAGGCCUGUGCCGGAUUUGCCAAGAAGCUUCCAGACAAACUUCCAAAGGAGCGCAAAUUUUACCAGGCCUUAACCAACUAUGCUCUGUAUAGUACAUCGCCACGUUCUGCCAAGCACGCCGUCUCAAUUCUGAUGGCCACGACUGACCGGAAGGAAAUGUACGCGAAAGAUCUUAUUCAAAAAUGUGUGAAGAAGUGGACAUACGGUUCGGAUCACUUCCUUACUCGACUUGCAACUCUAUCCCAGCUGAAUUUGCUUGCCCCACACGAAGCCGACGAGGAAAGCGAUGUGAUAAUCUCAAUUGCAAUCAACCAGAUUCUUCUGACGAAUCGACACCCCGUAAAAGACUCGCAGUAUACUUGGUCGGAGGAAGUCGAUGAGGAGACACUCGCAAAAGAGUGGGCGCUCAAAAUCAUUGUCAAUCGCCUUCGUGCGAAGGAUGGCUCGGACAAUGAUGAUGAUUUCCGUGCGCAUGCCGGUCCCGUUUAUGAUACGUUGAACAAACUUGUGGCCGGGGAGGGUGAGAUUUCCAAGGAUAAAGAUACUCCUGCAAAUCAAAAGUCGAGGUUGCGUCUUCUUGCUGCCAAAUCACUGGUCAAACUGUGUGCGUCAAGUACUUUGUGUGACCAUUUGCUAGCUCCUGCGGAUUUUAAUUCGAUUGCUUUGAUGGCCCAAGAUCAACUUUUAUCAGUGCGAAGCAAUUUUAUCAACUACCUCAAGAAAAAGUUGGUUCAAAGGUCACACCUCGGAUAUCGCUGGUACAUUGUUCCUUGUCUACUUGCAUUCGAGCCGACCAUGAGCUUGAAGGAGAGCACGCUCACUUGGCUGCGGUCUCGCGCAGCACAUUUCGCCCAACAAGCCCAAAAUAUUGGGAAACGAAAUGAGCAGACCAUGGUGAUGGAAUUGAUCUUUUCGCGCCUUUUAUCGUUGCUCGCCUACCACCCUGAUUAUCCAUCUGAAGAUCUAGAUGAGUCGACAAAGCUCGGCGAUCUCAGCGACUUCUCCCAAUACAUUGUCUUCUACCUCUCCGCUGUUGCCAAUGAGCAGAACAUGUCACUUAUUUUCCAUGUUGGUCAGCGCGUCAAGCAAUUCCGUGAUGGCAUCACCAAGUCAGACGAGAUGUCUACUCGCCUUCACACUCUGUCUGACUUGGCUCAAGCAACCAUCAGAAAGUUUGCUGACAUCUACUCGCAACAACAUAAAUUUGGUGGUGGGAGCGGAGGCACCAACAUCAUACAAACUUACCCCGGUAAGAUGGGUGUUCCUAGUGCCUUGUUCGCAAUGAUGGGUAGUCACCAAGAAGCCCAAGAUGUUGCCGACAAGAACUUUCUUCCAGAUGAGUUGGACGACGUGCUUGACCGCGUUGUACGGGUGGCAAUGAAGCCAAAGAACACCUCCCAUGGCGGACAAGGCACCGUUAAGAAGAGAAAGCCCGAUUCUCUUGGUGCUAAUGACAACGCCUCGGCCAAGAAAGCACGCAAGGAGAAGACUACACGGCCAUCUCGCAAGUCUUCUUCAUCAGUGGGUGUGUCCAAUAAGACCCCUCAACGCAAGCGCAAGGGCGAUGAUGAGUGGUCCACUGAAGUCGGUGCCAAAAGUGUCUCUGCUUCUGCUCGCCGUCGUAGCAGUCGCGGAACUACUAAGCCUCAGAUCAGCUAUGCAGACAACGACAGCGAUGAAGAUGAUCAAGAAAUGCAAGAUAACAAUGAUGCGGCAGAUACUGAGGGUGAAGACGAAGAUAUGGAUGAGGGUGAAGACCACCCUGACCAAAACGAGGAGGAAAACGAAGAAGAAGAAGAGGAGGAGGAGGAAGUGGAAUUAGAGGCGCAAGAAAAGGAAGAAGACCCUGCACAGGCGAGCGAGAAAGAGAAUUCUUCCCCCGUUGCCUCGAAGCGAGGAGCCAAAGCGUCUACGGCAAAGAGCCCUCGAGUACAGAAAGAGAAACCGGCCACAGCCACUUUGCCGACGCGACGAUCAUCCCGCCGGGGAUGA